CAGAACGGUUCAAGGUCGAUCAACAGUAAUGUAUACUAUAAUUAUUGACUCUUUAUUUAAAGAGAAACAUCCAAAAGAAGCUUAUGAUUUGUAUUAUGAGAUGGUUAUCAAGGGAAUUUAUCCUAAUGUUGUUACUUAUAGCACUCUAAUUUAUGGCUUUUGCUUAGUGGGACAGGUAGAAGUAGCAUUUGGUUUUCUAAAUGAAAUGCUAUCAAAUAGCAUCAGGCCAAAUGUUUAUUCCUAUACUAUAUUGAUUGAUGCAUUGUGUAAGGAAAGAAAGCUAGGAGAAGCCAAGAGUGUGUUAGGUAUGAUGGUGAAAGCUCAUGUGAAACCUGAUGUUGUUAGCUUUAAUGCUCUAAUAGAUGGAUACUACGUAGUUAAUAAAGUGAAGAAUGCGAAACAAGUAUUGAGUGCAAUGAUCCACAUAGGAGUGAGUCCUGACGUUUGGACCUACAAUAUCAUGAUAAAUGGACUCAUAGGGAAUGAAAGGGUGCAUGAAGCCAUAAAUCUCUUUCAGGAAAUGCACAAUAGAAAUAUGGUUCCUGAUACAGUGACUUACAGUACUGUUAUAGAUGGUUUAUGCAAAGCUGGAAGAAUCUUUCAUGCUUGGGAUCUUUUUCGUGAGAUGCAUGGUAGAAAUCAACAAACAAACUUGAUCACUUAUAAUUCCUUGAUUAACGGUUUAUGCAAAAAUCAUCAUCUAGACAAGGCAAUUGAAUUAUUGAGGAAAAUGAGAAAGAAUGGAGUUCAGGCCGAUAUGUACACUGUAAAUAUACUUCUUGAUGGGAUGUGUAGAAGGGGGAGACUUAAGAACGCACAAGAGAUUUUUCAAGAUCUAUUGAAUAACGGUCACAAUCCUGACCUCUGUACUUAUAAUAUUAUGAUCAAUGGUCUUUGUAGAGAGGGUUUGCUUGAUGAGGCAUUCACCUUGUGGUCCAAAAUGGAAGACAGUGGUUGUUUAUCUAAUGUUAUUACUUUUGAAAUAAUCAUUUCUGCUCUCUUUAAGAAGGACGAGACGGAAAAGGCAGAAAUUUUUUUGCAUAAAAUGAUUUCUAGAGAGUUGUUGAAAUGAAGAAAG